ACGUGUGUUUCCAAAAAUUCUUGCAAGUUGCAGAUUAGAUUGUACUGAUUGCAGAGUUUUCGGCUCGUUAUUUUAUUAAAUCUGUCAGUUAUGUUUGAUUCAUUUGUUCGUCGGUGUUUAUUAUAGCUUUAUUAGUUUCCCCUUUACAUAUUUUCAAUCCUCCAGUGCGGUAACCAAGCGAAAAUGGGAAAUGUACAUGCCUCUAGUCAACCUCCACCGCCGGAACCUCCACAUGGUUUUCCGCCCAUGCCUUCAUUCGCCGAAGACAUAAAAGCAUCUCAGGUUCCCAAUAGAUUCACAAAAUUAGACAAUCCAGGCACGCUGGAAGAUCUCCACAAAAAAUGCAAAGAUGUCUUCCCUGUGCCAUUUGAAGGAGCUAAAUUCAUAGUGAACAAAGGACUGAGUAAUCACUUUCAGGUGUCCCACACUAUCAACAUGAGUGCUAUAACUCCAUCUGGUUACCGAUUCGGUGCAACCUAUGUCGGCUCAAAACAAGUAUCUCCUUCUGAAGCAUUUCCAGUUUUGCUCGGUGAUAUUGAUCCCAGUGGAAAUCUAAAUGCUAAUAUUUUACAUCUUGUCGGUGAAAGACUCAGGCUUAAAUUUAGUACUCAGAUUCAAGAUAGUAAGAUGGGGAUAGCCCAACUAACAGGAGACUAUCGUGGAGAUGACUACACUGCCUCAUUGACGAUCGGGAAUCCUGACAUAAUCAAUGGUUCAGCCGUUUUAGUUGCCCACUAUUUACAAUCUGUGACCAGUAAUGUUGCUCUUGGUGCUGAACUUGCCUAUCAAUGCAGUCCGCAGAUCCCUGGUGGACAUAUUGCCCUUGUGUCAGGGGCAGCUAAGUACACAGGUAGUGAUUAUGUAGCAAGUGGAACUAUUGGCCAAAGCGGUGUCCAUCUUUGUUACUAUCAGCGUGCUAGUGAUCAGUUGCAAUUGGGCGUGGAAUUAGACACAAAUUUUAGAAUGAUGGACUCCACUGCUUCAUUCGGCUAUCAAGUCGAUAUUCCUAAAGCUGAUCUUAGCUUCAAAGGAACUUUGGACACCAAUUGGAAUGUCGGAGCUGUUUUAGAGAAACGACUUUCCCCUUUACCUUUCACGUUUGCGUUGAGCGGUAUGAUGAAUCAUACAAAGAAUCAAAUUAGGAUAGGCUGUGGGUUUAUCAUCGGGUGAACAUUCCUGGUGUUGUUUAAUAUUACAAGGAAAUGUUAGUUUUAGCACUUCUAUUAGUUGAGAACUUACUUUUUAUUUUGUUGCAUUUUUGAUUUUGUCGAUUUUUACCGGCAGCAUCCUCUAAUUUUUCUACUUGCAACCCGGUUCCCACCUACUCACAAUGGACUUGACUGCAUUUUGCAAUAGAGAACUAUAAUUUCCGACUCGCCUAUAAAAGCAUGUAUCUGUAUAGGAGAAUAAUUAGCCGUAUAUUGUUUCCGAACUGAGCUGGAGAUGGUAGUUCCCUAUUUCAAAUGUAGUCUAACUCAGGUUUUGACACUGCUAACUUUUUUCACUGUAAUUUGCCUGCUGUUUUCUGCUCAUGAUCACCUGAAAUUGGAAUUCAUUGCACUUUACUUUAGUUCUUGAUUAUCUUUAUUCUUUUAGGGUUUUUGUUGUACCUAACUGUACUAAAAUUCAAUUGAAAAAGUUCAAUAUUAAUGGUGAAACUGUAGGAACGCGUAUUGGUUUACAGUAUCUCAGACUUCCUGUCAGGCUUUAUUUUUUUUUUUUAUGGAAAUAUAUUCAACAUCAUCACUUGAAAAGUUCUCUGAUUUCUAUUGUGUAUAUGAAAAACAUUUUGUGAAAAUUUUUAGCAUUAGCGUUAGCAUGUUUUCCUCUGUUGAAAUAAAAUGGAAGCAGAGAUUUUGAACAGAUACAAACAAAAUAUGUGUAACUACAGUUUCAUCGUCAACGAAUACUGGAUCAAAAGCUCAGCUCUAAUGCCCAGAGUUAUCGAAAUUUUAAGAAACAAAAUGCCAGCUAAUUUACACUAAUGUCUAGCCCAAAAUGAUACGUUUUACUAAGGCCUCUCAUCUGUUAAAAACGUUAAUUUCUCUAGUGUAAAUGGUCCUAUUCCUCUUUGCAUUGUGGUCCUUGUGCUUUUAACAUCCUCAUAUGUACCUAAAUCUUGCAUGAUUUUUACAUAAAUUUUGAAAUUUGCCAAGCACCAAAGAUCAUGAAGACGAAAUUGGUGAAGUAUAGGUAAAAAUUUCUUUUGACGUUUUGUAUCCAUCAUUCAAUUUUUAGAACCCUGAAAAUUGUAUCUAAGUUGCAUUUUUUCAGUAAAUUGUUUUAGCUGUUAAAAGUGAAUGUUUGAUGGCUAUGAAAGGCUGUUUGUUUUCCCUCCCAAAAUGGUACAUAUUCGAAGGAAGCGUACUUGGUGAUUUUGUUCGUAACUUCUGUCAUUUGCUGUAUAUUGAAGGGUAAAUUAUCAAACAUGACGAUAAAUGUAGUGAAAAAAGUUUCGCAUUAAGACCUCAAUCGAAGUUCACAUUUGUCAAUAAAAUUUUGUCAACCAUACCAGCUGAUUGAUUUUUAGUCGAUCUCAUCUCCACACCAUUGUGGGUGUUAUGGAAACAGGGGAAAAAGUUAACACAAGCUGGAAAAUUUGAGAGAUAAAGAGUAAUUUCUUUGUAACUUUGUAAUCCUUGCUGUCUGCGUGCACUAUCACUGUUCGUAGAACUUCUUUUAAUCCGAAAAACUGAAAACAAUGAAACCUGCUUUGGGAGAUGAAUUUAAAAUUUCAGAUCGUCAGUUUUAACAUAUUUUUUAAUUGAUUAUUUUCAUAUUUUCUAAAUAUUUCUUUUUUUCUUAUUUUUUAUUUUCUAUUUGAUUUUCAUUUUUUUGUAAUAUCGAGUUAGCCGACGGGCGCAAAAACUUGUCUCUUUCACGUAUUAUACUUUUCUCAUGGAUCUGAAUUUAAAUGAUCAGGUACGUAUUAAAGGAUGGGGCAUCAAGUUUGACUUUUGGUCUUAUAGGAACUCAGGUAGUAUUUUUCUCUGAAUGAUCAUCGUUUUUAUCAUUAACUUCAAUCAGCAAGUUAAAUUACGUACUUAUAAAGUAGUUGUGAUCAGGUGUAGUAUGAAAAGAUGGGUUCCAUCUAAAUGUACUGAUAUUUUCAAUACAGUUAUGAAACAUGAGGAAAGACUUAUCAUUGGUCUGACUUUUGAAUAGAGAAAGUAGAAGCGAGAUUAGUUUUAUAAUAACAGCACGAAGUUCAAUCUCAAAUUGAAGUUAAUCUUCUCAUACACCUGUAACCUACAACUUUCCCAAUUUUUGAAGAAUCAGGCCUUUCUAAUUAUCUUUUUAUCUAAUUCCUAUUUAGUCUUGAUGUUUCUUGUAUGAAAAAUAAUGGGUCAAUUUAGUUCAAGUAGGAAUUUACUGCCCUUUUCUAAAGAUACAAAUCUCAGGGUACUUAUAGCUUCUAGCUUCUUGCAUCAAAUAUCCUGUUUAUCAAGUUCCUUUCUUGCUUUUUGUUAGAGCCAUCUCUCAUCACUGACUCACUAUCAAUUUUGGAUGAGAUAAACUAUUUGUAACUCCGUACAAAAUUUUCAAUCAAAUUAACUUAAUCGUGGUAUUUCCUGUAAAAUAUGUUGUAUACAUUGUAUCCUAGCAUCACUGAGUCACAUGGAAUAACUUCUCUCAAAGAGAUAAGUUUUUGUUUCUGAUUAAUUGCUUUGCUGUUUGAGUAUCUGAGAUUAAUCGAACGGGAAGCAAACUAACAUUAACUGAGCUGUUUCUUUAACGGUUUGUGUAAACUUGUUGUUUGUCUCCCUGUUUCAUUUUCUUCACUUGAUAACUGUCGUGUAUCCAACCAUCAAAAUCGAGUCUAUGGUGACAUUUUGUGUACUUUCUUGCAGCUUUAGAUAUCUCAGAACUUACAGUGACAAUGAUGUUUGCUUGCCGAUCAGUAAGGAUUAGCAACACGAAAAUUGUACAUUUGCGCUAGGCCUGCAACCAAUUUUUGGUCAUGUGCCUAAUUUGUGGAAAAACUGAAAGUCUUAGAUUAGAAACUUGAUUUUUUUAAAGUCAAGUUGAGAUCAAGAUUUUUCUUUUUUGUAACAAUUGUCUUAAUUUUAAUAAACAUUUUUUAUUGUUUU